UGUGGAGCGAGCGGCCGGUCUGCAGUCGGAGACUUGCAGACAGCAAAUACGGUGCGAACGAAUUGGAAGGGGGAAAGGAAAAAAAGAAAGAAAGGAAGGAAGGAAGGAAAAGAAGGGAAGAAUAAAAAAAAUCCAAUAAAAUCACCAAUCUGGAGGAACGGGCCUGGGACUGAGAAGAGGAAUUGAUGCUAAAAGCGAACCCAAACCUACUUCCGAGCAAACGACAUUUAAAGCAGAUUCCCUUUUGAGAUAAUUAAGAUAAACCCUCAAACCUGUUCAUGCACCAUGGUUUUUCAAACUCGGUACCCCUCCUGGAUUAUUUUAUGCUACAUCUGGCUGCUCCGCUUUGCACACAUGGGGGAGGCACAGGCUGCAAAAGAAGUACUUCUGCUGGACUCUAAAGCACAACAGACAGAGUUAGAGUGGAUUUCCUUUCCUCCCAAUGGGUGGGAAGAAAUUAGUGGAUUGGAUGAAAACUAUACACCUAUACGAACGUACCAGGUAUGCCAGGUCAUGGAACCUAACCAAAACAACUGGCUCCGGACUAACUGGAUUGCAAAAGGCAAUGCCCAAAGAAUUUUUGUAGAACUGAAAUUCACCUUGAGGGAUUGUAACAGUCUUCCUGGAGUGCUGGGAACAUGCAAAGAAACCUUUAAUUUGUACUAUUAUGAAACAGACUACGACACUGGCAGAAAUAUAAGGGAAAACCUCUAUGUAAAAAUAGACACUAUUGCUGCUGAUGAAAGUUUUACCCAGGGUGACCUUGGGGAGAGAAAAAUGAAACUUAACACAGAGGUGAGAGAGAUUGGACCUUUGUCCAGAAAGGGAUUCUAUCUGGCCUUUCAGGAUGUUGGGGCUUGCAUUGCUUUGGUUUCUGUCAAGGUGUACUACAAGAAAUGCUGGUCCAUUAUUGAGAACUUAGCUAUCUUUCCAGAUACAGUGACUGGUUCAGAGUUUUCCUCUCUAGUGGAGGUCCGAGGGACAUGUGUCAGCAGUGCAGAAGAGGAGGCAGAAAACUCUCCUAGGAUGCACUGCAGUGCAGAAGGAGAAUGGUUAGUGCCUAUUGGAAAGUGUAUCUGCAAAGCCGGUUACCAGCAAAAAGGGGAUACUUGUGAACCUUGUGGCCGUGGGUUCUACAAGUCUUCUUCCCAAGAUCUUCAGUGUUCUCGUUGUCCAACACACAGUUUUUCUGACAAAGAAGGCUCUUGGCGAUGUGAUUGUGAAGAUGGGUAUUACAGAGCUAUUUCUGACCCGCCAUAUGUCGCUUGCACAAGACCUCCAUCUGCACCACAGAACCUCAUUUUCAACAUCAACCAAACCACAGUGAGCUUGGAGUGGAGUCCUCCUGCUGACAAUGGGGGAAGAAACGAUGUCACUUACCGAGUUUUGUGCAAACGGUGUAGUUGGGAACAAGGUGAAUGUGUACCCUGUGGUAGUAACAUUGGGUACAUGCCCCAGCAAACUGGAUUAGCAGAUAACUAUGUCACUGUCAUGGACUUGUUAGCUCACGCCAAUUAUACCUUUGAAGUUGAAGCUGUCAAUGGAGUUUCAGACCUAAGCCGUUCCCAGAGGCUUUUUGCUGCUGUCAGUAUCACCACUGGUCAAGCAGCUCCCUCGCAAGUUAGUGGAGUAAUGAAGGAGAGAGUGCUGCAGCGGAGCGUCGAGCUUUCCUGGCAGGAGCCAGAACAUCCCAAUGGAGUCAUCACUGAAUAUGAAAUCAAGUAUUACGAGAAAGAUCAAAGAGAGCGGACCUACUCGACAGUAAAAACCAAGUCCACUUCAGCCUCCAUUAAUAAUCUGAAACCAGGAACAGUAUAUGUUUUCCAGAUUCGUGCUUUCACUGCUGCUGGUUAUGGAAAUUAUAGUCCCAGGCUUGAUGUUGCUACACUAGAGGAAGCUACAGGUAAAAUGUUUGAAGCCACAGCCGUCUCCAGUGAACAGAAUCCUGUAAUUAUCAUAGCUGUGGUUGCUGUGGCAGGAACUAUCAUUCUGGUUUUCAUGGUAUUUGGCUUCAUCAUUGGAAGAAGGCACUGUGGCUAUAGCAAAGCUGACCAAGAAGGAGAUGAAGAGCUUUACUUUCAUUUUAAAUUUCCAGGCACCAAAACCUACAUUGACCCUGAAACCUAUGAGGACCCAAAUAGAGCUGUCCAUCAAUUCGCCAAGGAGCUAGAUGCCUCUUGUAUUAAAAUUGAGCGUGUGAUUGGCGCAGGAGAGUUUGGAGAAGUCUGCAGUGGCCGCUUGAAACUGCCAGGGAAGAGAGAUGUUGCGGUAGCCAUAAAGACCUUGAAAGUUGGUUAUACAGAAAAACAGAGACGAGAUUUUUUAUGUGAGGCAAGCAUCAUGGGGCAGUUUGACCACCCUAAUGUUGUUCAUUUAGAAGGGGUUGUCACAAGGGGGAAACCAGUCAUGAUUGUAAUAGAAUACAUGGAAAAUGGAGCCCUCGAUGCAUUUCUUAGGAAACACGAUGGGCAAUUUACAGUCAUUCAGCUUGUAGGAAUGCUGAGAGGGAUUGCUGCUGGAAUGAGAUAUUUGGCCGAUAUGGGAUAUGUUCAUCGGGACCUUGCAGCCCGCAAUAUUCUUGUCAACAGUAAUCUUGUUUGCAAAGUGUCAGACUUUGGCCUGUCUCGAGUUAUAGAAGAUGAUCCAGAAGCUGUCUACACAACUACUGUAAGAAGUUUGGUGGUUUUUUUUAAUGGUGGAAAAAUUCCAGUACGGUGGACAGCCCCAGAAGCCAUCCAGUACCGGAAAUUUACAUCUGCCAGUGAUGUAUGGAGCUAUGGAAUCGUGAUGUGGGAAGUAAUGUCUUAUGGAGAGCGACCCUAUUGGGACAUGUCAAAUCAAGAUGUAAUAAAAGCAAUUGAAGAAGGUUAUCGUUUGCCAGCACCCAUGGACUGCCCAGCUGGUCUUCAUCAGCUGAUGCUGGAUUGUUGGCAGAAGGAUCGUGCUGAAAGGCCAAAGUUUGAACAAAUAGUUGGAAUUCUGGACAAAAUGAUCAGGAACCCAAAUAGCCUGAAAACCCCUCUGGGAACCUGUAGCAGGCCAAUUAGCCCCCUUCUGGAUCAAAAUACUCCUGAUUUCACUACCUUCUGUUCUGUGGGAGAAUGGCUUCAAGCUAUCAAGAUGGAAAGGUAUAAGGAUAACUUCACAGCAGCUGGCUACAACUCUCUUGAAUCAGUGGCCAGAAUGACUAUUGAGGAUGUGAUGAGUUUAGGGAUCACAUUGGUUGGCCAUCAAAAGAAAAUCAUGAGCAGCAUUCAGACUAUGAGAGCACAAAUGCUACAUUUACACGGCACUGGCAUCCAAGUGUGA